UCCCGAGUAACCGCUCCUGAACCAAACGCAACAUGGCGGAACUUUUACGAUUGCUUUGAAUGGCGAAAAAUGCAUUCAUUUCUCAGCUCUGCAUUAUCAUUUUCAAGGCAUUCUAGAUUCCUCUUCAAGAAUCUUGGCUGUUCCAAUGUCAGUGGCGGAAUUCAAGUUCCCCUCGUUCCCCUACAACCUGGGAUAAGCUUAUUUCGAGCGACAUUCUCGAAGACUUCAGUUCAUCACUGGAGUAGAAAUCAUUCUCAUGUUGUGGUCAGAGGAUUUCACACAAGUCAGCCACGACAUGCAGCACCACUUGCAGCUCUUCUUUUUAAAUUGGCUGGGCCUCUUUCAAAAGUGAUCAAACUUGUUGCUGUCGUAGGCGGACGUUCUUUCCGCAAGUGGUGGGGAAACUUAUCAGCAGACAAACGCUUACACCUGACCAAAGGAUUUAAUCUAAGAAAAGAAAAAAUUACAAUAGUUAUUGGAGGUUUUGGUGGAAUUUCUCUUGCUUAUUACUUCUUCCACCUAGAGGAAACUCCAUUCACUCACAGGACAAGGUUUAUGCCGAUCUCUCAUAAACAAAUGCAAGAACUAACAGAUGCGGAGCACAGAAAUAUGUUAGAGUUAUUUGCCGAACACAUUUUACCGGUCAAUCAUCCAGAUCAUCGCAGGGUUUACAGGGUUGCAAAGAGAUUAGUGAUGGCAAAUCAUGGCAAGGAGUUGGAAAAUUUGUCCUGGCAAGUCAGUGUGGUGGAUAGUGAAGAGAUGAAUGCAUUUGUAUUGUCUAAUGGCCAAAUCUUUAUGUUCACUGGAAUGCUGAAGGUUUUACCAAAUGACGAUUCACUUGCGACCAUUCUUGGGCAUGAAAUGUCCCAUGCUAUUUUGCAACACGCUGCAGAGCAAGUCAGUCUGUGCGGCUUUAUUAACAUGUUUAUGGUGAUAAUACUUGCAUUGCUUUGGGCCCUCUUACCAACAGAAACAGCUCUAUUUGCUCACUGGCUACAAAACAGAAUUCUCCAGAUCCUUCUACACUUACCGUACUCAAGAAAAUUAGAAGAAGAGGCAGAUGAAGUUGGAAUGAACAUGGCAGCCAAGGCCUGCUUUGAUGUCCGUGAAAGUCCUAGAUUUUGGAGGCGAAUGGCAGUUACUCAAAAUCAGAUGAAUCAACCUGAGUUACUGAAGUGGCUAUCAACUCAUCCUACCCAUAGUGAUAGAGCAGACAAUCUUGAGGCUUUACUCCCACAGGCAUUGGAAGUCAGAAGAAGUUGCAACUGUCCCGCACUCCCAGGGGAAGUGUCAUUUUUAUCUCAAGAAGAUCGACGUGGGUUCAAAAGAUUGCAACAUCAAGCUGCCAAACCAUCAUGAUUGAUAGGAAUAAAAU